AUGGAGCUUCAUAACAUCAAGUUACGCGUAUUAUGCUCCACGUACUUUCUCGUGAUUCUUCCCUUUUCUUUAAGCCUAUUAUGCUUACAAUCAGACACGGCCAGUAGCGUUGUCUUUCAGACAACAAAUGAGACCGAUCUUUUGGCUUUGCUGAAAUUCAAAGAAUCUAUCACCAAUGAUCCACGUAACAUCUUGAGCUCCUGGAAUGCUUCUUCUGCACUCCACUUCUGCAAAUGGCAGGGAGUUUCAUGCGGCCGUAAGCAUCAAAGAGUCACUGCCUUGCAACUCCAAGGCUAUUCUUUGCGCGGAUCCAUAUCACCUUAUGUUGGCAAUCUAAGCUUUCUUUCGUCUGUCAACCUCCAACAAAACUUCUUAGGCGGAGAAAUUCCGGCAGAAGUUGCUCGUUUGUUCCGACUGAAAGAUCUCUACCUCAGUAACAACUCAUUCACGGGGGAAAUUCCACGCAACUUGACCAACUGUCCUGAACUCAGAGUCAUUGAUCUGGAAAGGAAUGAACUUACGGGGAGAAUUCCUGACGAACUUGGCUCUUUGAAGAGGCUCGAGAUGCUUAUGUUUAGCUCAAACAACUUGACAGGAGACAUCCCCCUUCUUUGCGAAACGUUUCUUCACUCCAAGGACUGUACUUAG